CGACAGAACACUGAACUGAACAACUGUUCAUUGAAUGCUCUCUUGUAUUGCAUGUAAACAAACAAUUUUGUUGAUUAUUUAUUUAUAUUGGUGAAUUUUUAUUCGUAUUUUCCAAAUAUCAGCUUUCUCUCGACGAAUAUUGGUAUUACAUGAGUCACAGGAAGCCAGGUUGACUGCCAAAGUAUCUAAUCCAAAACUCCUUAGACUGCUUGCCAUGCCAACAUAGAAAAAAAUGUCUUUCAACUGGAAACUUCUCAAAGACUUCAUAUCGAAACUGGCACUCGACAAAUCUCUACAAACAGACUUCCAUCAAAUACUUAAUAAAAUUCCACAAUCGCACGAUAUUGCCGAAUAUGUAAAAUUGGCAGAGAAAAAAAUUACUUUUGUGAAGCAAUUAUAUAAUAGUGCUGCUAAAUCAGAUCCAAAUGCAAAUAGUGAAGAGAAGAAGGCAUGGAAGACAGUUAAGAGAAUAUCACAAUCAGAACAUUCAUUAGACAAAUCUAGUGCAAUCCAGAUUCUUCAUAAUCUAAACAACGCUUCCAACGAAGAAGACAUUUUAUCAGAAGUAGAAUCAUUUAUUUUAUAUUUGAAGCAACAUGCUGAAAUGCGAAAUAAUGCUAUAAAGCAUGGUGCAAUAAGAAUUCUGCUUCAGAACAGGCUAAAAGCCACCACUGAUCAAACAAAAGAAGCUAUAAGAGAAGCCUUAACAAUUUUAGGCUAUUUGGAUCCUGUACCUAAAAGAGGCAUUAGAAUUUUGUCUAUUGAUGGUGGUGGAAUUAGAGGUGUUCUUGUUUUGGAAAUGUUAAAAAAACUUGAGGAAUUGACUGGCAAAAGAAUAUACGAAUUAUUUGACUUUUUUUGUGGUGUGAGUACUGGCGCGAUUUUGACAUAUUCCAUGGGGGUUCACAUGAGAAAUUUGGACGAUAUUAUAACAAGAUAUGAAGCAUUGAGUCAAGAAAUUUUCACACAAUCUCCAUUGUUAGGUACAGGAAAAUUGAUGUGGAGUCAUGCCUAUUACAAUACUGCUUUGUGGGAACAGAAACUUAAGGAUUUUUUAGGCAAAGACACUCUUAUAAUGACAUCGAGGAAUCCUAAAUGUCCAAAAAUUUGUGUAGUUUCAGCUGUAGUCAACCAAUCACGAGUAUCCGCCUAUGUCUUCAGAAACUAUUCGCUUCCAUGGAGAUUCCAGUCUGAAUAUGAGGGCUGCCAUGAUGCCGAAAUAUGGCAAGCUGCCAGAGCUUCUGCCGCUGCUCCCACAUACUUUGAAGAGUUCAGAAUCAAUGAUUUGAUACACCAAGACGGGGGUAUUUUAGUUAAUAAUCCAACCGCUAUAGCCAUUCACGAAGCAAAACUUUUAUGGCCUGAUACUCCUAUUCAAUGCGUGGUGUCGUUUGGUACUGGACGUUCUAUUCCCAGUCCUCGAGAAUUGCUGAAGGAGAAAAGUCCGAAAAGUGAUGGUACUUCUUGGGCUAAUAAGUUUUAUAAAAUUUUGGAUAGUGCUACUGAUACACAAGCUGUUCACAUAAUGUUAAGUGAUCUUCUCCCAGACGAUGUUUAUUACCGAUUCAAUCCCUUUCUUACUGAAGUGAUCGGUAUUGUGGAAACAGACUCAGAAAAACAGAAGCAAAUCAAAAGAGAUGCUCUGAUGUACUUGAGAAGGAACGAUGAUAAGUUCCAACAAGUCGCCAAAACUUUGAUGCAGCAGAAAAGCGUCAGUCAGAAGAUGAAAGAGAAAGCGAAUUUUAUAAGGGAAUUGUAUGGAAUUUAAUGCAGUAUUAUUUAUGCUUUUUAAUAAUUGUAACGAAGUUAUUUUACAAAAAUCAGAAAUCAACCUGAUUUUUUUUUUGUUGAAACAAAUGUUUUGUUACCAUUUUUUGUUGAGACUUUUCAAGCUUUAAUUUUAACUUAAUUUAUUGUAGUUUAAAGUUAGUGUGUCUGUAAAAUGACAAGAAAUUAUUAUUUAUCAAUCAGUAUUUGAAUAAAAUUCAAUAACUAA